GUUUUCAAUUUUCAUUUUGUGAAAUAUUUACGAACUUCAUGCGAGGUAAACCUCGGAGAAAUAUCUUCACACAGUUCGUGUACCAAAGUAAGUGGUUUUGACUAUUUUGUGCGACAAAUAAAGGCUUCAAGAUGUCUGCGAAAGUACCGAAUAUGAAAAAGAAUUCUUUAAAAAUUGACUUUCAGCCAGUCUCCACACAAGACCCAUUUGCUGCUGACAAUGAUGCUGCAGAUUUGGACACUAUGUGCGGAAUUGGAUCAUUUCAUCCUAAAAUUUUACAAAAACUGAACACUCCCAAAAUCUUUCUUGUGAACCACAGUAUACUUGGGGUCCUUCAAGGAGCUUUCUUCACUUACCUGGUUGGAUGUUUGUCAACUUUAGAAAAGAGAUAUGCUUACGAAAGCAAAGUUACUGGAAUCAUAAUGAUAGCAGACGAAAUAAGUCCUAUACUAUUUGGGUUGUUUCUUGGCUACUUUGGUGGAAAAUCCCAUCGUCCUCGUCUUGUCGCCAUUGGAAUGGUUGUUGCUGUUUUAAGUUGCUUCAUAAUGUCCCUUCCUUACUUUAUAUAUGGACCGGUUUUGCAUCAGAGCAUUGAAGCUGCAAGAUUUGCAGCAAACAGGACUAAGGAAGAGUUUUGCAAUUUCCAGGAGAAGGAUUAUUUUUGCGAGAAGUCCCCGACGUUCACUGCCGUUUCGCUUUUGUUUUUUGGAAAUUUUCUGAAAGGGUUUGGAUCGUUGGCUUUCUAUACGAUCGGUACUUCUUAUUUAGAUGAUAGUGUUAAAAAGAAGAAUUCUCCUGUUUAUUUCGGUACAUUAUUUGCCCUCAGACUGCUCGGUCCAACUGUUGGAUUCCUAUUGUCUUCAUUAUGUCUUCAAUUUUACGAAGAUCCGUUUUAUGAUCCAGGAUUUGGAACGAAGGAUCCAAGAUGGGUAGGAGCGUGGUGGCUCGGCUUUAUAAUUUUGGGUGUAGCGAUAUUUAUUUUUUCGGUGCCUAUGAUCUUAUUUCCCAAACGCUUCCCCGGAAAGAAGUUGCCAUCAAGUCUUCAAAAAAAGAAAGAAGAAGCCCCUAAGUCCCCAAUUGAACAAUUAAAAGAUAUGGGGAAAGCAAUGAAAAGGUUGGGCAAGAAUCCAAUUUUGAUUUGCCAUUACCUUGGAGGCGUCUUGAGAUUAAAUGGAGUCGUGGGGUACUAUGUUUUGCUUCCGAAAUACAUGGAAAUGCAAUUUCGCCAAUCCGCCUCAAAAGCUAGUCUUUAUUCAGGUCCUGCGAGUAUUAUCGGUAUGCAACUGGGCAUACUUUUCGGGGGCAUAGCGAUCCGAAAGUUUCGACCUAGACCAAGGGUAAUGACCGGAGGAAUAGUAAUAGCUGAAUCUUUUAGCGUCAUUGCUCUCAUAAGCUGCAUGGUCAUUACUUGCCCCGUUUAUCAGUUGACUGGAACCAGCUCUGUAUCAAAUCCACUAUUUAAUCUGGAAAAUACAUGCAAUAGUGAUUGUUUAUGUACAACAAAAGUUUAUACCCCUGUUUGCGGACCUGAUGGUAAAUCUACAUAUUUCUCACCAUGCUAUGCAGGUUGUACGGGAUAUAAUAAGACACAAGGAAAAGACUAUUUUACUAAUUGCAAAUGUGUGCACGAUGGAGCAGGAGAGAUAAUUAUCGAAGACGCCAAGAAAGGCUACUGCGAUUUUGAGUGCCAAUGGUUAAUUACAUUUGUUGUGAUUCUGAGCCUUGGGAAACUGCUUUCGUCAACAGCUAGAGUUGCAAAUGCUUUAGUUACGCUGCGGUGUGUUGAUCCAGAAGAUAAAAGUAUUGCCCUAGGGGCACUGUCUGGAGUAUUUUCUCUUUUAGCUUUUAUACCUUACCCACUGAUAUACGGAGCUCUCACUGAUGCAAGCUGUUUGGUGUAGGAGAGCUGUGGUAAAACAGGAAACUGCUGGAUCUAUGAUACAGAUAAAUUCCGUUUCCUUUUGCAUGGAGUGUCUGCAGGCUUCGUAUUCCUGGGUUGCAUAACUGAUAUACUUGUGUGCAUUCUGAGUCCGAGGUUGAGAGACUUGUAUGAGGAAGACGAAGAUGAAAAUGAAAAACCAGAAAAACCAAUUGAUGAGACAGAAAUAAUGAGCAAUGGUGGAUUCAUGGGUGUAGUCAAAACUGGAGUCGAUUACGGUAGUCUGAACUCCUUAAACGGCAAUGAAAAAACAUCAGAUCCUUUAUAAAGAUUGUAUAAGACAAAUCAUUUUCGGUUUAAGCGGGAAAAAGAACUGCAGAGUAAGUGUAUUUAUUUUGGAAAAAAUGUAACUGAUCAAUGGGCAUUAAAUGCAUUUUUUGUGAUGUGAUAAACAGGAAGUAUUACAGUGUUUUUUGUGCUAUAUAAAGCUGUACAUUUCGUAUUGUCUUACCUAUCUCCCGGGUGAAAAUUAAGAAAAAUUCCCGGAGGUUGUUAAGAUUCAUAAACGUCGAAAUAGAUCCGAAUUCAUCAUAAGAAUGAAUAGCGAAAUGAAAAAUAACUAUCAGUGUAUCAUUUAAUUUUAUCAUUUCAUUUUCUCUUGAACAUAGAGAAAUAUUACAGCCUUUGGCUAUUCAAAGAUGUAUAAUGCACUUAAUUCAAUGGGAUUAUUAUUACUGUUUCUUCUUAAAAAAAUCGUGACCCGAUAAAAGGAGUUUGGAAGCUUCGCAGUGCAGCUUGAUUGCUAAAUUCCCAUACUGCACCAUUUUACUGUCAUUGCAGAAAGCAUACAAAAGCAAUUGGUUGAAUGCAAUAGUGAGCGUUACAUGUAAUUUUUCUGCCAUUAACAGAUGAAAUUAUCUUUGUUCGUCUGUUCAAAUUUAAUGCUCUAAAUGUGGGAAUGCAGCGAUAAAAAGGAAAAAAAAAAAAAAAAAAACUAAACAAACAAAA